GCCCCAUUUACAUUUUCUAGACAUUCUCCACACUUCCAUCGAGGAUCAUCCAUGCGGCUUGUCUUGUUGCCGCUUCUCGUUGCUUGCGGCGUGGUCACUUCGUCCAACCACGUCCAGGUCGGCAUCCGAUCCGGCAGCGUCAAGUCUCGAGGGGUCAACAUUGGCGGCUGGCUCCUCGCGGAGCACUGGAUGACGAGCGACGAGGGGAUUUGGAAAGGUCUUUCGAGCAACGUGACUGGUCGAGGCGAGUAUGCUGUCAUGCAAGCGCUGGGACCAUUCGAAGGCAACGCUCGCUUCACGCGGCACUGGGAUACAUUCAUCACAGAGUACGACAUCCAGCAAAUUGCCACCGCCGCCAAGUUGAAUACGAUCCGUGUGCCUGUGGGGUACUGGAUCCAAGGAUGCGGCCACUUGACGGGUGCCAUGUGGGAGCACUGCAACAUGUACCCCAAAGGCGGGCUACCGUACUUGGACAAGUUGAUUCGGCGCUGGGCCAAGACGCACAACGUGGCCGUCCUCGUGAGCGUACAUGGUGCCCCGGGGUCCCAGAACGGUCAAGACCACAGCGGCGCCAUCUCGAAGGACAUUUUGUGGGCCAAAUACAAUGAAAACGUUCGUGCGACGAGGGAGUUUGCAGCGUUUUUGGUCGAUCGGUACCAGAAUGACGUGGCGUUCCUUGGGCUCGGGCUCCUCAACGAACCAGUCUCUGGGCUUAGUAACUCUACUGGGUUUAGUAACUCUACUUCUGGCGUGGACUUUGCCACCAUGAGCCAGUACUACCGCGACGUGGUGGCGGACGUACGAGCAAUUUCUCCCGACGUGUUGGUCGUGACCGCUCCGUUUCUGAACAAGCAAUACCCCGGCAAAGAAGAAGCAUGCAUGCAAGCAUUUGAACCAGCGAUUACCCACGCGUGGCACGACUGGCAUCCGUAUGUGAUAUGGGGGAACGAAAACCAGUCCGAGCUCGAGUUGGUUGAGGCUGCCGCGGCGCGAACCCGUGACGUGGCAGCGUGGACAGGCAGACCGUUGUUGCUGGGCGAAUGGAGCUUGGUCACUCCUGGCGGGUCGUUUAGUGACACGUCGUCGCCGCUGUUUCAACAGUUUGUGUCCGCGUACUUGGGCAUGUUGAAGCAAGCCAAGGGCGGGUGGACGUACUGGUCAUGGAAGAAAAGCAGCGACGACGUCUCGACAACCCAAGUCGAGAAAUGGUCGCUGCGGUCCAUGUUGAACUUGGCCAAUUCGUUUUAUACUAUGAAAUUUCGAAGGUCAUGCGAUCCGGCGUUGCAGCAAUCCGAAGACGAAGACAACGCGAUGGUCAUUGUCGGCAGCGACGGCCAUGGCCUCCACCUCCCCAACACACCAGUUCAACAAGGAUGGCGGCUCGUGAACGACCCCGCAUGGAUCGCUGAAAACGGCCGCGCCCCAGAAUGGUGGUACAAUCGACGCACCCACACGCUGCGCACCAACCGCUUCGACGGACUCUGUCUCACAGCCGUCGAUUCCAAUCAAGGCAUGCAAGCACAAGGAGUGAUCUGUGACGGCGCUGCGUCGAGUCAGCAGAAAUGGCAGCUGGAGGACCACCGUAUUAUCCUCGCUGGGCACACCCCGAGGCGGUGUCUGUCGUCCAACUUGACGCUGUCGUCGUGCGUCCACCGCGACCGAACGCAGUACUUCAACAUGGGGCGUGAGAAGGUGGUGAUUCGGCGGACUCGGACUCCCCAUGUCGCAUUUGGGGCCACGGAAGGCGGCGCGGCGUUGUCACAGCCGAAUCAGACGCAGUGGAUCGUCGACCACGGCCAACGUACGGUCCAGAACGUGGCGACGGGCAAGUGCUUGGACGCGUUUCAGAACCGCGACGCCGGCGUCGUACACGUGCUUGACUGUAGCGACGAUAACGUCAACCAAAAGUGGGUGUAUGACGUGGCCACGUCACAGCUACGCCACGCGACCCAUGUCGGCUAUUGCCUCGACGUGUGCGCGACGAAUGGCACGGCGCGCGGGGGGUUCCACUUGAUUGAAUGUCACGACACGACUGACGCGAACAUUGCCAACCAGCAAUUCGACCUCGUUGGAGCUGCGGUCCAGUCGGCCGUGCCGCAACAGACAGUGUCAUGAGGGCUCGCUCGGGGUUGGUUGUUAUAAUAAUGAAUGUCCAAAUAUUGUACAGUCA